AUGAAUCCACAAUCAGAUAAAGUCUUUAAUCAUCAACUACUUAAUGCAAAUGCUGCGAUAAUAGGCUACAGUGGGUAAUUAGACUUUUAGUUAUCAGUAUUUAUUUUUAAGAAUUCUAGAUUACUUAAUUAUCAGUUGAUAAUGUUUCUGUUGGAAUCACUAAAAUUAGAGGUGAAUUUGAUAAUUUAAAAUAAAUUGGUUAUCAAAUUCUAUUAAUAGCAUUUAGAGACAUUAUUGAUAUUGGAUUUGUUACUUUUAUACCAGUUUAUAAUAGUAAUACAAUUUCUUUACAAUAGGUUAAUUGUUUAUGUUGCCAGUUCAAGGAAUUAAAUAUAAUUACCAAAGCUAAUCGACUUUAAAUGUGUAAAAACCUUUGGAAUAUCAUCAAUAACCUAUUAAUUCUAAAGAUGUAAGAUGUAUGUCAAUAAAGGGGCUCCUAUUAAGAUUAAUCAUAUUACACAAUCUAAAAUCUCUGGUUAUCUAAAUAUUUUAUCAAUAAUGUAGCAUUAGAAUGCCAAACCUUAAGAAAUUAGUUAGAAAUUGA